GGCGCGUGUGGCGGGGGGCCUUCAUGCUGCAACGCGCGUGGGUCGCGUAUACAGCCUACCGCUUGUACGCGACUUCUUCUUAGGCUGUUGACGAUGCUCGAAGCCUGCCUAUGCUGUUUGUCAAGUCAUGGCGAGUUUAAGCUUUACCUCGGCCACUCAGUGGCCCUCUAUUCACUAAGCCAAGCAGGUGUUUCUGCAAGAUCCUGACACGCUGCCAAAAAGGCAGUCGACAGCGACAAGAAGUCCUGAAAUUUCCUCCAAAAAGCACCAUGAAAGCGACAAUUUUCAUCGGAGCCCUCUUCGUUGUGCUGUGCACGACCGCCUACGGAUGCGACCACAUGGGCUACCGCCGGGAUGCGGGCCGCUGCAAGACGAAGCACGAAACCAAUUUGCAACAGGCGUCAGCUUCCCAGAGAUGCUGCGCAUUCUACGUCCUCUCGGAGUGCCUCAAGCUGGCCUCUCGGUACUCGGACUGUCCCCAGGCUUAUGCUAUGGCUGAGCUGAAAGAACUUCGCGAUGCGAGCCGCUUGACCCCCGACCAGUGUCAGGGUGGACGAGAGCUGUGUGGUGACGCGCCGAGAAGACAAUACUAGUCCCAGGGCUGCCGCCACAAGAGGCGUCGAAUACGUCCCAACUGUGACACCUGUCACCUCACACUGCCGCUCUCAUGCCAUCAAUUAUGAAAGAAACAUCCGUAAUGCUGGACAUUAUUGACAGGAGAAGGACGAAAACCCGAACACCAUGCACGCACAAAAUGGUGUGGAAUAAACAUUUUUUUUAUUAAUGACA